AAGUGCAUCGACGUAUCAGUGAUAUCUGAUAAACAGCAAUUAUUUGAAAUAAUCAUGAACAGUAAAUAUUUGUUUAGAUAUGAUAUACGUCGAAAGAAAGUUGUAAAUGAUUGUACCUUCAAUCCAACUGAAAUAUUAAAAUCUGAAACGCCAUGGCUCUGGGCUAUAAAUAAUCAAUAUGAAAAUGAAGAUGAUGAUGAAGAAGACAAUGUGGGUAAAUGGAUGAUCUUUUUGGGGAAGGCACAUGUCAAUUCAACCUGGAAUAAAAUAAAAGAGGCGAUAAAAAAUGGUCAUUUGUGGCAAAGUAUGCAAUUCGCACAAAUUUAACAUUUUUGUCAUAAUGUGUAGUUUAAGAUCACUAAACUAGAUAAAUUAACGAUAAUAAGUAGAGUUUAUUUAACUAAGAAAUCUUCUGAUUUAAUUAC